GGAAUACUUUCCUUCACUUGACGUCGAGGCUCGUUUGUGCGCUUCCUUUGUCGCCCUGGCGUCAAAGCUCGUUUCUGUGCUUUUUUUCCCAUCUCGCCUCUUUCCCUUUGCCGGCCAAGGCAACAAGGACUACCACAACACGCCCCCUUCCUUCGUGCGUGCAAAGGACCGGGUUGAGCUUCUGGUAAGACUGGGCAACGGAGGCAGCAACAUGACCUGCCGCGUCCCUGGCUGCAAGGAGGCUCACAAGGCCCACUAUUGCAAAUGGUGCAAGAACCAGAACUCCAACCACUUCGCGCGUGACUGCUGGCAUGGGCCCGGUGGACAGAGCGCGUCGACAUACUCGGUACGCAGGCGACAGGAUAGACAGACAGCGCCCUCAAUGCCGUUCCCUCUUUCCUGCAUGUGUUGUCUGCAGGGUGGCUCACCCGACAAGAGCCCACAGCGCAGCACAUCACGCGCCAGGGAGCGCAGCCGUUCAGGGCAGCCGAAGGGCCGCGUUGGUUGCCGCGUUCCAGGGUGCACUUUCCCCAACUGCCUCAAGACGGGACACCACCAUUGCAAGAAUUGUGGCGACAAGGUAGCUACCAAGGACGCCCCAUGGUGCUGAUUCAUCUGUUCCUUUGCCUGUGUUUGGCCUGGCCGCAGGAUUCCGAUCACUUCUCGUCGGCAUGCCCCAAGCUGCAGAAGCCCGGCGGGCAAUACACGACCACCUCGCGCUUGGUGAGUGGCCAUAAUGCUAGAGGGCCUCGUUGCAGGACUGCAUUUGGUGUGUCUGACGAUGCUGUUUCGUUUCAGGUGCAUUCGUCGCACCUCCUGUCGUCGCUCUAUAACGGUUCACCUCACGCCGUCAAGACAAUCCUCGCCAACUAUGCGACGGAUUAUGGGCGCGCAAAGGAGCCCAAGGACGUCACCGGUCUGCUGAGCACGCUGCAGUCGGCCAUGGGCGGCCGAGGGGGCAGCUUCCAUGGCAUGGAGAGGGUGCUGACCUCUACCUUCAUCAACGAGACGCUGCCCGUCCUGUGCGGCAUCCUCUCCAAGGGCGACCUCAGCUUCCCCCUACAGCCGCCAUCCAGCCACUCACACAGCGGCACGGAGGCACACAUGACUGCCCGCCAGUGCUUUGCCCUCAUCGGUGCGGGCUUCCUCUGUCUGCACCAGCCCGGCGACGGCAGUCUCAACUUCGACCGCCUGUUCGACAACAGCACACCCUCUGGCAAGGCCAAGCUGCAGUGCUUCAUCCACUACCUGGACACCAUGGCGCGGGCGAUCAAGGAGGGCAACACCGCCGAGACGGAGCGUGUGGUCGUGUUCCAAGCCCUCAGCAGCCCCGAGGCGGGUAUCCACGACUGGGCGACAUCGACCGCCCCACUGGUGGAUGUGCGCUUCGUGCAAGGCACCCAAGCGUCCAUCUUCGACGCGCCGGCCAUCCGAGGCGACUUCGCCAAUGCCCACAUCGCCGGCGGAACACUGGGAAAGGGUACGCACACAAAGACGAGAGACAGACAGGUUGAUGUGCAUCGAUUUACAUUUGUCUUUGCCGUCUCCGUCUCUCUCUCUCUCUCUCUGUGUGUGUGUCUGUGUGUCUGUGCCUGUUUGUGUGUGUGUGUGUCAGGUGCGGUGCAGGAGGAGAUCUUGUUCUCAAUUGAGCCGGAGUGCCUUCUCGCCCGCCACCUCUUCCCCAGAGCCAUGCAGCCCACUGAGGCCUUCAUGAUCGUCGGCUCCAAGACGUUCAGCAAAACAUCUGGCUACGGCCGCGAGACCCUCCGCUUCAGCGGCCCUGCCCACGACACGGCGGCCACGAGGCGCGUCGAUGGCCAUCCGGUUCUGAACAAGUACAUCGUGGCCUUUGAUGCGGUCAACUUCGGCAAGCACGGGAGUGAUCAGCAGUACGACAAGACGCAUGUGGUGCGAGAUCUCAAGAAGGCACACACGGCAUUCCAUUGCAAUGGCCUCACGAUCGUCGGAGGACUGCCCUUCGCGACGGGUGAGUGAGGCACACACAGAUGGCCAUCGUGUCUUGUCUGCACAUCUGCGUCGGUUCGUGUGUCUGCGUGUGUCUGUCCAGGCAAUUGGGGCUGUGGCGUGUUUGGUGGCGACCCCCAGUGGAAGCUUCUCAUCCAGUGGUGCGCUGCGAGUCUCGCCGGCCGCCCGCUGCACUACUACCCGCGAGACGAGCGCAGCCUUAUGGGCGCCGAGCGCUUCAUCCACAGCCUGAAGGCCGCUGGGUGCGACACUGUGGGCGGGCUGGUCCAGCUGAUGUGUGACAGGCGCACACAGAGGGCCAUCGCGGGGCGGAAUCGAAUGUCGGCAUUCGAGGCCAUCAAAGCGAUCGUCACGGACCGGAGCAGACCACCCCCACCACCCGUGGUAAGCUGCCCCUCCAUACUGUCUGCAUCAAUCUCAUUGGGUUUCUGUGCGUUUGUGUGCCAGCCUCGCAGCUCACUGCCUGCAUCCCACAUGCAGCACUACUCCCCUUCCCCCCCCAUGCAGCACUACUCGCCCCAGCUCGCAUUGCCGGACCGGGCGGCAGCGCCACCUACGACAGGCCGAGAGGAAAGCCAAGGCGACACGGUGAGCCGUCUGCCAAACCUGAGAUCCUGUGGUCAUGCCUGUCUGUCUGUCCCCAGGCAGCCCUCGCUGCGUCUCCCAUGUUGUCGGCCGUCACUGCAGACGAAAAGCAUGCAAAAGAUGACAAUCCAAGAGAGGUCCGUCGAGACAUGACACACACUUCUAUGUGACCGAUUGGUGUGUGUUGUGCGAUGCUCUGGCUGCCAGGUUGGCUACGCUCCUCUGGUCGACACGACCGACAACGAGUCGUCGAGCAUGGGUGCCUCGGAUAGCGACGACAAAAUGGACGUCGACGCGAGUGACGCGACCAACGCGGGCGCCACGGUGGAGGAGACCACACCCCUCCUCUCCAUGCAAGACACGACCAGCCACACGUAAGGAGCAUGCACAGAGCCCAUAGACGUGUGGUCAAGGCGUAGGUCUGGCUUCUCUGCGUGUCGUAUGUUGUCAGAAUUCAUUACGUGUUCGAGUACGUGCCGAGGAUGUAUACCUUCCCCUCUGAGGUGGUACUCAAAGGCUCCUUCGACGGCUGGCUUGGCCAUCACCCGAUGUCUUGGUCGCCCAAGCACAGGUGCUUCGUCUACGGCAUGCCGCUGCCCCCGGGCAGGUACAUGUACAAGUUCAUCGUGGAUGACAGGUGGGUGUGUUCCAGCACGCAGCCAACAGGCGAAGAUGGAGCUGGCAAUACCAACAAUGUCGUCACCAUCUCACUUGACCGCCAAUGUCUGACCUGCGGGGUGGUACAUGGGGGGAGGGGGUGCUAGGCGGGAUGGCCUGUGUGCGGAUCGUAGCAUGGGAUCAGUUUGGAUUCGUCGAAUUGGGCUGGGAGACGUGCUGGCUGGGGGGUGCAGUGUGAAAUCAGUGAUGGCUCCGUAGGUGCGUGAGGAUGGGCGGGUUCUUGUAACUAGAUGGGCGAGCAGAGAGCGGGAGAAGAGGACGAACGGCAUCAAAUGUGACAUGGCUGCUGUGCGUAUCGUAGUGUGGGAUCAGUCGUAGAGUCGUAGAUAGAUGAGGGCGGAUUCUCACAGGCAGUCGGUGCCCUCUGCGUUUUUUCUACGAGACACUUUGGUUAAAUCCAUGUUCGUGUGUGUCCCAUGCAUGGGCUGUGUCGUGUGAUUUUGAAUUGAAGUACGCGUAGUUUGACGCACUCUGAGUCUGUGCUUUUUGUAAGGCCCUUUGACUUGUGCAUGUGAGGCUUUUCCAUUAAGAGUGACGGCGAGCAGCGGACUAGACAUCGAAAGUGAGCGCAACACAAAAGCGGCCGCAUCAAGAAUA